ACACAUUCACUUCCGGUUCACGGUGUGAUAACCGCUUCUGUUGAGUUUCUGCGGGAGUCUUCCGCUUUGUCCGUUCGUCAAGCUACUUUGCGUGCGUGCGGUGUGCCUAUAAAUGGAAUCUUUGCACAGACAUCGCUCGCUUUAUAAGGGAACCACCCCGCCAUGGAAAGAAGCAUACCGAAAGCGCUGUGUAGAGAGGCUCAAGGGCAGCCGGUCGAGGUUGCUUGACAGAUACCGCAAGAUGGGCCCCGCGAACGCCUUCCUCGUGCACGAGGUCAUGGAGGAGGAGUGGACCGCUCUGCGGGCUGAGGAUCGGAGAUUGCCGUCCCUACGGGGUCCCGAGGGCUUUGCGGAGAUGCGCACCGUUAUGAAGGACCCCGAUGAACUGGCAGUUUUGGACGAAAUCCAACAGGAGCUCCUAUCUUAUGAAAUGUCUAUUAUUGAAGAAUAUGAGAGAAACCAACAAAUUGAGCAGCAAUACAUAUCAUCUGUUGUGGAAGGGAUGGAAGAGGUUCGUGUUAUUUGUCCCAUGUGCCGCAUGCGCUACUUGAACAUCAACGGCCAUUUCAUCUCCUGCCCAUGUGGACUCUACAUAAAUACAAAGACGAACAUCGCCCCCGAUGUCCUGCAGCAUCUUCUGGAAUCCAGAGUUACGGAGCACAUGGAAGACUGCACUUACAAGCCUGUUUUUUCACUGGUGGCAAACGCAGACUCCUCUGCCAACCUGCUGAUAAGCUGCAAGGUUUGUGACUACCUCUCCAUCAUCCUAUGACUUGGAGCACCGUAAAUGGGGAAAAAAAAGUUGAUUUAUAUAAAUGUAAAUCUUUGUUGAAAUAAAGGAUACUUUUUAUAUUUAA